UAGUACAAAAAAAUUGUUAUAAAAAUGCCUAGUCGAGCGCAAAAUAUUUAUGAUCAAUUGGCUUACGUCUUCCAUGGAACUAGCCUGUGGUUUUGGGAUACAUCAGAACUUUUAGCUGAUAUAAUGCUAGAAUUUUUAGUAAGAUCACUAGAUCUCGCAAUAGUCAUCUUCAAUCUAUUAUUUCAAGUUGUAUGUUUCUUGAGGGAUUUAUGUAUAGAAGCAAUGCAAACAUUUGCGAAUGUAUUUCGUGGGAUUGUUAACGUUGUUAGUUCCAUUAAUACUGAAGACGUAGAAGACUUUGCAUCAGCUUGUUUAGUUGUAAUUCUCUGGAUUGGCGUUGGACGGUUCUUGUUUGGCACAAUCAACAAAAACUAUGGUCCAUAUAAUCCACUAAGGCUACUGAAUGUAUUUUCUUGGAGAAAAGAGAAACUUGAUUCUGUUUCAUCUGUUCAAAACGGCUUAUGGGUAAAAACAAUUUCACGAAAGAAAACUCAUGGAAUACGUAAGAAACGCAAUACUACAAAGUUUUGAUAUGAUUAAUAUAAAGAAAAAUUGUUACAAAAUAUUCUAAAAAUAAAUAAAUGUUCAUAAAUUUUAA